AUGGAGUCUCAUAGUAACUCAAUGUUGUGGGGCACCUAUGUUAUACUUGUCAUCGCCAUGCGUAGCCGUUUGGCACAGGCUGCUCAGAGCCGAUUGCCACACAACAUGCCUGCCCGUGAUGACGACCUCUAUGGACUUCUUGGAGUAAGCAGAGCGGCGACCGACGCUGACAUUCGUAAGGCGUACCUGCAAGCUGCAUUAAGAUGGCACCCAGACAAGAAUCCAGACGAGCAAGAGCGGGCGGAAGACAUGUUCAAAAGGCUAGCUCGAGCAUACCAUGUUCUGUCGAGCGCGAGGUUGAGAGCUGCCUACGAUCAGUCUGGCUUGACGGGUCUCGGAGCGGAAGCGUGGUCCACCGAUCCAGGCUCGAGCAUGGACAUGGCAUUUGAUUAUCCGUAA